CUGCUGAGCGCAGCACAACAUGUUGGAGAGCGAAGCGGUGCUGCUCGGCUCCAUGCUAACUUUUUAAAUCCCGGCUUUGUCACAGCAGUAGCAGCAGCAGCGGAGGAACACGGCAGGAGAAAAGGCGGUGAAGAAAGUAAGUCAUGGUCUGAAGUUUUACCGGAGCAGAAGCCCGUUUAAAACAGAAGCGAGCAGAAGGAGAAGCGGAGGAGAAGGAAAAGUGAAGCCGGGAAAAGCGGCAGGAAAGUGGGUUCCGAGAUGCAGCUGGUCGCGGUGGUGCCGUGGGUCGCACUGCUCCUUUCGCUGUUCAGCCACAAUCCAGGAGUUGAAGGCACUGCUGAGUGCUCAUGUGGGAGGAACCACUUCACAUGCGCAGUCAGUGCAUUCGGCGAGUGUACGUGCAUUCCGGCUCAGUGGCAGUGUGACGGCGACAACGACUGCGGGGACCACAGCGACGAGGAUGGAUGCAUGCUUCCCACCUGCUCGCCGCUGGACUUCCACUGUGACAACGGCAAGUGCAUCCGUCGUUCCUGGGUGUGUGACGGAGACAACGACUGCGAGGAUGACUCAGAUGAACAGGACUGUCCUCCUCGGGAAUGUGAAGAGGACGAGUUUCACUGUCAGAAUGGCUACUGUAUUCGCAGCCUGUGGCACUGCGACGGCGAUAACGAUUGCGGUGACAACAGUGAUGAGCAGUGUGAUAUGCGUAAAUGUUCAGACAAGGAGUUCCGCUGCACAGACGGCAGUUGCAUUGCAGAACACUGGUACUGUGACGGAGACACAGACUGCAAGGAUGGAUCAGACGAGGAAAACUGUCCGUCUGAUGUGAUGACGGCCACCUGCAGUGUGGAAGAGUUCCAGUGUGCAUAUGGCCGUUGUAUCCUGGACAUCUACCACUGUGAUGGAGAUGACGACUGUGGAGACUGGUCAGACGAGUCGGACUGCUCGUCUCACCAGCCCUGCAGAUCCGUGGAGUUCAUGUGCAGCAGUGGGAUGUGUAUAAACGCCGGCUGGAGGUGUGACGGCGAGUUUGACUGUGACGACCAGUCAGACGAGAAGAACUGCACCACGUCCAUGUGCACGGCUGACCAGUUUCGUUGUGGAACCGGACGAUGUGUUCGGUUGUCAUGGAGAUGCGAUGGCGAGGAUGACUGCUCAGAUCGGAGCGAUGAAGAGGGCUGUGAGAAAACGGAGACCCCGCCCUGCGCUCCGGACCAGUUCCAGUGUGGUAAUGGGAGAUGUAUCGGCCAGAGGAAGGUGUGUAAUGAGGUGAACGACUGCGGCGAUGGCACUGAUGAAAAUCCACACCAUGACUGCCGUCCGCGCUCCAGCGAGGGCAGCUGUAACCAGAAUAACGGCGGCUGUGCCCAGAAGUGUCAGAUGGCUAGAGGCCUGGUCCAGUGCACCUGUCACACUGGAUACAGACUCAUGGAGGACGGCAGGGCCUGCCAGGAUGUGGAUGAGUGUGCUGAAGAAGGCUACUGCAGCCAGGGCUGUACCAACACAGAGGGGGGGUUCCAGUGUUGGUGUGUCCAAGGCUAUGAACUCCGGCCUGACAAGCGCAGCUGCAAGGCUUUGGGUCCAGAGCCAGUUCUGCUGUUCGCCAACCGUAUUGACAUCCGUCAGGUUUUACCGCACCGCUCUGAGUACACACUGCUCCUGAACAACUUGGAGAAUGCCAUCGCUCUGGACUUUCACCACAGUCUGGAGCUGGUUUUCUGGUCAGACGUCACACUGGACCGCAUCAUGAAAGCCAACCUCAAUGGCUCCAAUGUGGAGGAGGUAGUCUCCACUGGACUGGAGAGCCCAGGGGGACUGGCCAUAGACUGGAUUCAUGACAAGUUGUACUGGACAGAUUCGGGGACAUCCCGUAUUGAGGUGGCCAACCUGGAUGGGACACACCGCAAGGUGCUGCUUUGGCAGAACAUGGAGAAGCCCCGAGCCAUUGCACUGCACCCCAUAGAGGGUAAGAUCUACUGGACAGACUGGGGCAACACACCUCGCAUCGAGUACGCCAACAUGGAUGGUUCCAACCGACGUGUCAUCGCAGAUACACAUUUGUUCUGGCCCAACGGUCUCACCAUCGACUACGCCGGCCGCCGCAUGUACUGGGUGGAUGCUAAGCACCAUGUGAUAGAGAGAGCUGAUCUGGAUGGCUGCAACCGCAAGGCCGUCAUCAGCCAGGGUCUGCCCCAUCCGUUUGCCAUCACAGUGUUUGAAGACAGUCUUUACUGGACUGACUGGCACACCAAGAGCAUCAACAGUGCCAAUAAAUUCACCGGCAAGAACCAAGAGAUUAUAAGGAACAAAUUGCAUUUCCCCAUGGACAUCCACACCUUACAUCCACAGAGACAGCCUGCAGGAGGCAGGAACCGCUGUGGUACCAGCAAUGGAGGCUGCAGCCACCUGUGUCUCCCCAGCAACAAGACCUACACCUGUGCCUGUCCCACUGGCUUCAAGAAGAUGGACCAAUACACCUGUGCCAAGAGUCUUGACAAGUUCCUGCUUUUUGCCCGAAGGACGGACAUCCGACGAAUCAGCUUCGACACAGAGGACAUGUCCGAUGAUGUCAUCCCUCUGGCUGAUGUGCGCAAUGCCGUGGCGUUGGACUGGGAUGCCAGAGACGGCUACAUCUACUGGACGGAUGUCACCACUGACUCCAUCAACAGAGCGCUGUGGAACAGCAGCAGGCAGGAGGUGGUGGUGGACACCAGUCUGGAGAGCCCAGCAGGACUGGCCAUCGACUGGGUGACACACAAACUCUACUGGACUGAUGCUGGUACAGAUCGCAUUGAAGUUUCUAAUGCAGAUGGCAGCAUGCGCACUGUGCUGAUUUGGGAGAACCUGGACCGACCCCGGGACAUUGUCGUCGACCCAGUUGGAGGGUUCAUGUACUGGACUGACUGGGGUGCCAACCCCAAGAUUGAGCGUGCAGGAAUGGAUGCUUCUAGUCGAAUCGUCAUUAUCUCUUCCAACUUGACGUGGCCCAACGGGCUCGCUAUUGACUAUGACACCAAACGCUUAUACUGGGCUGACGCAGGCAUGAAGACAGUAGAAUAUGGCAACUUUGAUGGGUCUGACAGACAGGUAUUGAUUGGCAGCCAGCUGCCCCACCCCUUUGGCCUGACUGUGCAUGAGGACAAGCUGUAUUGGACGGACUGGCAGUCCAAGAGCAUCCAAAGUGCUGACAAGCUCACUGGCCUGGGACGACACACACUGGCUGAAAACCUGGAGAACCUUAUGGACAUUCACAUGUUCCACCGUCACCGGGAGACAGUGCACAACGCAUGUGCUGUGAAUAACGGUGGCUGUAGUCACCUGUGUCUGCUGGCUCCUGCUCCCAAAGCUUCCAGCUGUGCCUGUCCCACCGGAAUCAACCUGCAGGCGAAUGGAAGGACCUGCACACCUGGGAUGAGCAGCUUCCUGAUCUUUGCUCGAAGAACAGAUAUCAGGAUGGUUUCUUUGGACAUCCCCUAUUUUGCCGAUGUGGUUCUGGCCGUCAACAGCUCCAUGAAAAACACCAUCGCUAUUGGAGUGGAUCCCACAGAAGGAAAGGUGUAUUGGUCUGACAGUACGCUGAAGAAAAUCAGCAGAGCAAACAUCAAUGGAACAGCGCAUGAAGACAUUAUUUCUACUGGUUUGAUGACUACCGAUGGCCUGGCAGUGGACGCAGUGGGCAGGAAAAUCUACUGGACAGACACAGGAACUAACCGCAUUGAGGUUGCCAACCUGGACGGUUCCAUGAGGAAAGUUCUUGUCUGGCAGAACCUGGACAGUCCUCGAGCGAUUGCCCUCUACCAUGACAUGGGUUACAUGUACUGGACAGACUGGGGUGAACAUGCUAAGCUGGAGCGGUCAGCGAUGGAUGGAUCAGACAGAGUGGUCCUCAUCAGUAACAACCUUGGCUGGCCCAACGGACUGGCUAUCGACACGGCCGGCUCACAGUUGAUGUGGGCCGACGCUCACACUGAGCGUAUAGAGACAUCUGAUUUGAAUGGGCUCAACCGUCGGACACUGGUGACUCCAGUGCAGCACCCCUAUGGUCUAACCCUGCUAGGGUCCCACAUUUACUGGACAGACUGGCAGAGCCGCAGUAUCCAGAGGGCCGACAAGAACACUGGGGCCAACACCAUUACAGUACGCCCCAACCUUCCAGGCCUCAUGGACAUCCAGGCUGUGGACAGGGAGAGGCCGCUGGGUUUUAAUAAAUGUGGGUGGCGAAACGGUGGCUGUACCCACUUGUGCCUGCCUCGCCCCAAUGGCACAUCCUGCGCCUGUCCCACUGGCAUCUUGCUAAAGGGGGACGGUAGGUCAUGUGACGAUUCCCCAGAAACGUACCUACUCUUCUCCAACCGUGUCAGUGUGAGGAGAAUCUCUUUGGACACCAAUGACCACACUGAUGUUCAUGUGCCAGUCCCGGAGCUGCACAAUGUCAUUUCACUCGACUAUGACAGCAUGGACGGAAAACUUUACUACACAGAUGUCACCCUGGAUGUUAUUAGGCGUGCCAACUUGGAUGGAAGUGGCAUGGAGACUGUGAUCAGCCAGGGCCUGAAGACCACCGAUGGGCUGGCUGUGGACUGGGUGGCGAGGAACAUGUACUGGACAGACACCGGACGAAACACCAUUGAGGUGGCACGUUUGGACGGGACAAGCCGCAAAGUCCUGGUCAACAAUAGUUUGGAUGAACCGCGAGCGAUCGCAGUGUUCCCAAGUAAAGGGUUCCUGUUCUGGACUGACUGGGGUCACAUUGCAAAAAUUGAGCGUUCCCAUCUGGAUGGCUCGGACCGGAAAGUUCUUAUAAACACUGACCUGGGUUGGCCCAACGGUCUGACGCUAGACUACGACACACGAAGGAUCUUCUGGGUGGACGCCCAUCUAGACCGGAUCGAGAGUUCAGACCUGAAUGGGAAACUGCGUCAAGUCCUGGUCAGCCCGGUGUCCCACCCCUUCGCCCUCACACAGUUGAAGCCGGUGUCCUCCCCUCUAACUGCUUUCUCCCGACUCUCGCAGCAAGACCGCUGGAUCUAUUGGACGGACUGGCAGACUAAGUCCAUCCAGCGGGUGGACAAACACAACGGCCGUAACAAGGAAACCGUGCUGGCCAACAUGGAGGGCCUCAUGGACAUUAUAGUGGUAUCGCCUCACAGACAAACAGGUACCAACCUAUGUGGUGUGAACAACGGUGGCUGCACUCACCUCUGUUUCGCCAAACCCAACAGUUUCACUUGUUCCUGUCCUGAUGAGCCAGAUGGACGACCGUGCUCCACCAUUUCAGGAUAUGUGCCCACCCUGCCUACCAGAGGAGCCGGCAGCACCCCCAUCCCCAACAAGAUUCCCAAAGCUGCCACAGAGGACACGCUACACAGUGGACCUGCACUGAUCAACUGCACUGACAAGAACUUGGAUGCAGAAGGCUGCUUACAGAGCAACGUGAUGACGGCACCGCAUGGGGAAGGACUUCAUAUCAGCUACGUGAUUGGUGGAGUUCUGACCAUUCUUGCUAUUCUCAUUCUCAUUGCUACCUUGAUCAUUUACAGGCAUAAAAAGUCAAAGUUUGCAGACCCGGGUGUUAGUAACCUGACCUACAGUAACCCGUCGUACCGGACAUCUACGCAGGAGGUGAAGAUCGAAGCGUCACAGAAGCCUCCCAUAUACAACCAGCUUCGAUAUAAGAAAGAGGGAGGAGGGGACGGAGGCUACACCAAGGAGAAAAUCCGCAUCGUGGAGGGGGUGUGUCUCCUGUCCAGUGACGAGCUGUACUGGGAUGACCUCAAGCAGAUCAAACCUUCCCGAGGCGGCCUGCACACCUGCAUGCGCACGGACACCGUGUCUCUGCAGGCCAGCAGCGCCUCGCUCGAUGAUGGCGAGACGGAGCAGCUCCUCCAGGAGGAGGCCUCCGAGUGCUCCUCCAUCGCCACCCUGACUCCUUCUGCCAUCACGCCGCAGCGCCACCCCCAGCACAACCUGCCUGACACCGGCUGGGCCUCCACACGCAAAUCCUCCACGGAGAGUGAGGUGUGAGCAAUGACCUCUGACCCCUCUGUAUUUAUAGCUGUACACACACACACACACACACACAUGCAUGCACACACACACACACACACACACACACACACACACACACACACACACACACACAUAGAACCUGUUUAGGAAACACGGCUUUCGUCUCUGAUGCUCCAUCCUGCUGUGCUGAGCAGUGACCUCACUGCCGUUAGGCAGAAAGACAUCUGACGAAGGACUCUGGGAGGACACAAGCGCAGACACGAGCGUGAGCAGGAUUCUGUUUACAGGACCUCCUUGUUUCAUUGUCCUCCUUGUCUCUUGUUUCAUUAAGUUUGUUUUUUUUUUUUGUUUUUUUUUGGUUUCCAGAUGAAGCUAAAACCAGUUUGCUGGAAUCUGUAGCCUGCCGCAGCCCGCUGCACUGAAUGCCGCUUCUCGUCUUUCUGAACUCUAUUUAUGAACAUUUUGUACGUCACCGUGGGUUUAUUGGACGUUUUGUUUUAGAACAUGUGCCGAGCUUCGUGCAGCAGAUAUUCUACACAAGUAUUUAUGACCGUGCCAAAGGGCGGAGACUCCCACAGCUCCCCCCCCAAAGGGCGGAGACUGCCACAGCCUCCAAUGCUUCUUUCUUCACUUCCAGAUGAAACAUAUUAAUUACAUGAUUUUGUUUGCAUUUGAUGAGUUGAUUUUUUCCUCAGUAGUGGAAGAAAGACCUCAGUCAGUCGUCUUUUUUUUUUUUUUUUAUAAUUUUAUAACCUCCAGCUUGCCACUGAAGAACCCAGCACGACGUGUCACAGUGGUGGGGGGUGCAAAUCAGAGAUUUCAAGACUAAAGUCGUCCACUUUUGGGAAAAUAGUGUGACAGAUUUUCUUGGUGUACAUCAAAUACUAUCAGAAUUUUCCCUUUUUUUCCUGCAAAAUGCUGCACUAUGAAAAAUUUGCUCUUAAAAUGAAGAAGUGUCUGCUUUCUCCGGGGGGUUUAAAAAAAAAAAAAAAAAAAAGCAAAAAUGAGUUUCUAGUAAUAA